GUUAGAUGUUUCGGCACUCGGUUUCGUUGAAUUUGCUUUGAAUUACGCCGUCAAUGAUCUCGUUCGGUCCUUUAUUGUUUAACAGUCACGGUACCUGUAUAUUAGUAAUCGUUUCAUAAACAUUUCAAAUGCUGAAACAAUUGCAAAUGGGCCUUCGCGCGUUCAUGCUAAUCGCUUCCAAAGUAUGGAGUUGUUUUUGUUAUAUGUUUAGAAAGCAAUAUCGAGCGUUGGCUCAAUACCAGUCCGUCAAAUAUGAAAUUUAUCCACUUUCCCCGGUUUCUCGACACAGGCUGAGUUUAGUCAAAAGAAAAAUGUUAGUCCUAGACUUGGAUGAGACACUCAUACACUCGCACCACGAUGCGAUGCUGCGGCCGACAGUGAAGCCGGGCACGCCACCGGACUUCGUGCUUAAGGUCACCAUAGACAAACACCCCGUCAGAUUCCUCGUGCACAAACGGCCGCACGUCGAUUACUUCUUGGACAUAGUAUCGCAGUGGUAUGAGUUAGUAGUGUUUACAGCGUCGAUGGAGAUAUACGGCGCGGCCGUCGCCGAUAAACUAGACAACGGCCGAGGGAUUCUGCGGAGGCGGUUUUACAGACAGCACUGCACAGCGGAGCACGGCUCCUACACAAAGAACCUGUCGUCGAUAUGCGACGACCUCAACAGGGUGUUCAUCCUGGACAAUUCGCCCGGCGCCUACCGGGACUUCCCAGAUAACGCGAUACCCAUAAAAUCGUGGUUCUCGGACCCGCUGGACGUGGCCCUGCUCAACCUGCUGCCAGUGCUAGACGCGUUGCGCUUCACGCACGACGUACGCUCCGUGCUGUCGCGCAACCUACACCUGCAUCGCCUCUGGUAGCGACCCAUGAAUACCGGCUUUUGUACAAAUUGAAAGGAGGCAGUAGCGCUUCCGGAUCCUAUUUAUUAUUAUUUUUUCACUCGUUAGGACCUUCAGCGCUUCUAUUCAAAUAUACAUAUAGAUUUAAUAUAGUUAAAAAAUGUUUUUUUUUAAGUUUUGUUUUUAAAUAAACAGUGAUUAGUGUAUAAAUAAUAAUAAUAAUUAAUAUACUUAGGCAGUAUAUUAAGUCACCUACGUAUGUAGGGUUGAGGGGUCGUUUUUGAAACACCCCGUUAAUAUCUAUGGACUUUGUAUGCGUGAGUCUCUUUCGCGCGUACGCGUUGAAGGAGACAGCUGUUUUCUAUAUCAGGUUUUUUAAGUGUAGCGUAUAGACAUCCAAAGCACCAGUUCGACCUGAUCUCUCCGUGACUAAAAUUAGUUCCUAUAACCAGUCCUUCUUAAUUUGAUAGAUAAUGCCCCCUAAUAGGCAGUUGGUGGUAUUUAAUUAGAGGGAAAAUAGGGGACACUGAGACAUAACAGAAAUCCAAAAAAAAUGGUUAUUUUAUUUUCUAUAUUUCUUACUACAAUUUGUUAGCAUAAUUUUACUAGAAAAACGAUGCUUUAAUAAUUUAGUUGUUACAUAUUAGUCGUGUACGUAAAUUAAAUAAUUCAAUCUAGAUUUUAAGGUGAUAAAAUUAUGUAAUAUGACGAUGUGCAUAAAUAACAUACACCUUAGAAAAAUUCUACACAAAUAAAGGGAAUCAUAUACAACGUUAAGUAAUUACGAGUUUUUUUUUUCGGUAACUAAGGUCACUCAGCCCUAUUUUCUAACUUAACUUGUUUUUUUUUACGGCGGCGGCUUUUAAAAUUUUACGGCGUCAGUUGUUAUUCUUAAAUCAAACUAAAUUGCAUUUUGUGAGCGACGUAUUACACUAUUUAAUCGUCGUUUACAAAUUCAUAUUUAGCAUUUCUGUGUUAUGGAGAGACCAGGUUUCAAGUGUUCAAAUUUCAAAUGUUGUUUGAAAUUAAUUAGUCAAUACUAAUAUUAUAAGUAAAUAAUAUUACCUAACUAAAUCUUCUAGAGGAACUGUUUGUUUUUAAUAAAUAAAAAUGCAAUACUUUUUAAAGAAACCCCACCCCACCUUAAAAUAUUAAGCUCAAAAUGCGUAUAAUAUCAUUAGAAUUAAAUGAAUUUUACUUCAUUUUUUCGAAUGAUAAUAGUACGUAAAUUGUUCUACAUACUGCCUAUUAAAGGGUACGACUAUGAAUUUUUAUAUUGACCAUUUUGCUUAAUGGUUUAGUAAAAAAAUUGUAGUACCAGACAUUUUUUCGUUAGAAAUCUGUUCUUAAGCCUAGCAUAUCAUAAAGUUAAGUGACAACAGAGUGGUCCUGUAACUCCUUUGCCCCACUUACGCCACUGCACACGUCAAUCUUGAAUAUUAUUAUCAUUUUUACUUUGAUACUGACGUCUUGAUGUAAUCGAGUAGCCUCCGAACAUUCACAUUAUUUUCUAUGAAAUAAAUUCCUUCACUCCACAGGUGAAUAGUAAAUUCGAUCAUUUAAUAUAUUAUCAUACUGAAUGAUAAAUCCGGCUCGAAGGACCAAAAAUGUAUGGCAGAGUACAGUGUAUGGUAAUGAUUGCAAUGCAUGCCUAAUGCAUGUUAAUGUAUGUUUCAAAGCAAAAAUUGCAAGACAUCAAAUACUUCAAUGAUGUUAAACAAACUCUCAAUAACUUCAGCAUAAACAUUAAGAAGUUUGAUACGAAAAGCGUUCUUAUGUAUAUUUAUGUAAAUCUAAUGCAUCCAGCAU